AUGUCUAAAGUGUUCUUCGAUGUCGAAGUUGAUGGCCAACCAUUGGGUAGAAUUGUGUUCCAGUUGUACAACGAUGUGACUCCAAAAACGGCAGAAAAUUUCAGAGCCCUCUGUACUGGUGAGAAGGGGUUCGGUUAUACUGGAUGCCCAUUCCACAGAGUGAUCCCAGACUUCAUGUUGCAAGGUGGUGAUUUCACCCACGGUACUGGUGUUGGUGGCAAGUCGAUCUACGGCGGGAAAUUCCCAGAUGAGAAUUUUGUCAAGAAGCACGACAAGCCAGGUUUGUUGUCUAUGGCGAACGCUGGUCCAAACACCAACGGUUCUCAAUUUUUCAUCACCACUGUGCCAUGUCCAUGGUUGAACAACAAGCACGUGGUGUUCGGUGAAGUGACCGAGGGUAUGGAUGUUGUUAAGAAGAUUGAGUCUUUGGGUUCUUCUUCCGGUGCAACCGGGGCUCGGAUCAUAAUUGGGAAGUCUGGUGAGCUAUAA